GUCAAGACGGAAAAGGGGAUUAAGAUGGUGGGCUUCUUCCUUAUAAAUUUAGCGAUAAUAGUGACUCCUGUGCAUUAUACUGUAGGUUAAGCGGUAGCAUGAUGUGAUCCAAACCAACAUGCCAAGUUUCCAACAUGGCUCUUUACCUUACUCUACUGGAUCGCAAUGGACUCAUGUCUCUACACAGUGUCCUUAGCUCGUAACUUAUGGAAUCCGUGCUAUAUCUCGGCCGAAAAAGCCUUUGCAAGACUUGGCCAUGCAGGAUAACAUCGGAGCUCGAGAGACUGUUGGAAUGAAGCUCACGUUAGGGCAGGCUCACGUUAGGACAGAUAGGAUGGAUAUCGUCUGAUCUUAUUCAUCGGUGUGUAAAAAGUUUAGAUAAUGGUAUCAAUGGAUAAGAAGGGGCUCAUGGUUUUUGAUAUUGACCAUGAGACUUCACCUUGUGUGCGGUUGUCCAAUAUACUAUGUACAUCGAUCAUAGUGGUAGAAAAGACGCUGGAGCUUCAAUGGUCGGAAUGUCUGUAGCGAUGAUGUCUUUGUGUUGCAUGUGCUUGUAUCCUUUCUGCCCACAUCAUAAGCAAAGCCUCACAUGUUUAGGUACCUCUUUACCUAAUCUAGGCAGUUUUGGUUUGCUUUCUUCAGUUUUCUUAAUUCUUAUGCUUCCUCUUAGAUGUACUUCAUUCUUAUCCACCUAUAUGUAGGUACUAGGUAGUUUAUUCAAAGUCCGGGUAGGAAACAUUGAAGUCGAAGCAUUUUAUGGUGUAUGUAUG